AUGCCCACAGAGUCUCCUAGGAUUGAUCGCCUUCCCUCACCUCAGAACCACGAUCCCGACGACCCCGAACCGAUGCUAUCUGCUGUAGAGGCAGCAACGGAAGAUGCCUGUGUCGGCUCUGCAAUCUCAAACCCAGAAGCAUCGAUCCCAGAGGACAAUGUAGACGCCACUAUUGUUCCCUUCGCGCAAGAUUAG